GUAUAAAGCAGGGUGAUGACGGGGCUGGGCCCCAGUGCCUGGACCAUCAUGGAGGUUGCUCUUUGGGUGUGCCUAAGUUUUCUCUGCCUGCAGGGCAGCUUGCCCCAGCUCACACAUGGUGCAGACUGUACUGGGUCAUCACAGGAAAAUAACUGUGUCAGCGGGCAGACCACCGGAGGAAAGAAUGAAGGGCUUGUGCGCCUGAAGCCAUCUGCUGCAAGAAAGACCCAUAACCAGAAACAGCCACAGAUGUGGCUAGGUGACGACUUGCCAUCGGAUGUGCUAUUGGACAGACAGAAGAGACAGUUGGGGAGGAACUCCCUUCUUCCUGGGUCCUUCUCAGCCGAGGGCUUCCCCAACACACUCAUCAAAGUUCAGUUUCUAAAUGAUCCCACGGGAAUGUUGUUCCUCCAGACAGAGCGGGCCAGGAGACACCUAGGCCAGUUGGGGACCAAGAAGAACAAGUAUAAAUCCAGAGUGGGAUCCUUCUCUCUCCUCAGCAACAACCCCACUGCCUCCCUACAGGUAACCAGAGUACGGAGGCAGGUGCAGAAUGAGAGGAAGAAGGUGAAGUCAAGAGGACGAGUCGGAGCGUAUUCCGUUGCGGGACGAGUCGACUCAUCCCACAAAAUCCCCCCCCUCCCAUCUGAGUCAAUCAAUCUUCCAGGGACAGAGACGCAAGAUGAGCGCACGGAAGAAAAAACUUUGUUUGCCGAAGAAGUGAUUUGCUGAAGCGCUACUGCUUUAAUUAACUGUACUUUAUAUAUUAUCUUUAUAUAUUAUCUUCUUCGUAAACAUAUUGGUUUUUACAUGUAUUUUAAAAUGUUACAUUAUAAUAUAUACGUAUAAUGGAAACACAUUGCUGAGGACAAGUAUAGACACAUUUUUGUUUUUUUACAGAAUUGUAUUUUUAAAAAGGUGAUUCUUUGGUAAUUCUGUGCAUAUAUCGGAUUCAAAUGUAGGAGGAUACGUCAUGAGAGCUUGCCGCAGCUUCUACAUCAGCAUUGCUUGCUGUUUGUACAGCGCUUUGACAUUGGCUGAUGUAAAAAGGGCUUUAUAAAUACAUUUGAUAAGUCUACAGAGGGUUGUUAUUUUCAGUUUAGUCUAUGACAGAGUUGGGCUUCACCUUGACAAAUGGACUAGUACAUUUCACUAUUCCCCAAAAACAGGCUGUCACAGAUUCAAUUACAGAUGUCAGAUCCCCAAAUGGCACCUUUAUCCCUACAUAGUGCACUACCUUAGACCAGAGCACUAUGGGCCCUGGUCAAAAGUAGUGCGGUAUGUAAAGGAAGAGGGGGGCCGUUUGGGCUGCAGAAAGUGAAUGCCCAAGGCAAGGAGGAUCAGGGGCAAAGUCUAAACUAGCAGGCAAACAUUUGUGCUGAGAGGACGACUAUUCUGUAACAUUUAUGGGCAUUGGACCAGUUGCUAAGCGGGGGAAAACAAUCCUGAAGAUGUAAGACUGAAAGCCAUCUGUUCUAGAAGUCCAACUUAAUUUGGUAGAAAGAAAGAAUAAACUUUUUUUUAAAUUAAUUUCUCCAGCACUAGGAAGCUCAUGACAACUGAUGGAGAUGGUUUGAGUGUUUUUGCACACAAGUUAAGUCUUGAAUGCCUGGCAAAUCUGUGUAAACAUACUGUCAACAAGGGCUUGGUGACUCCAGGGCAAGGAUCCAAGGUGAGGUCCAAGUCUAAGGUGUCCAUAUUAGGACAACUUCAGUCUCAGCAGGUGUUUCAGUCAAUCCCUGGCAUUAUAGCCACAAUGUAAUUGUAAAAACGUAAACAUUUGUGUUGUGAAACAUGCCUCUGAAGGAGUCCUUGCGAUAAUCAUAGUGAAUUCAUAAAAUGAUGCGAUUUACCACAUAUCCAAAUCUUUAUUUACUUAUCUUAUGAGCAUAUUAAGGCAGUGUAUGUCAUUUUAGUUAUAAAUUACUCAAUUCUAUUGAAUCAAUAAACACAAUACCCCAUUUUGUUAGCGCCAUCUGUAGUCCAGCAGACAACACAUUCUCUACCAGAUCUUCAUACCAUAAUAUAGUAGACUGCUAUUCCCCCACAAUCACAUUAAGGCAAAACAAGAGUUGAUCAUGAUCAUGUUUCAGAGGGGCGGCAGCGUAGCCUAGUGGUUAGAGCGUUGGAAGGUUGUGAGUUCAAACCCCCGAGCUGACAAGGUACAAAUCUGUCGUUCUGCCCCUGAACAGGCAGUUAACCCACUGUUCCCAGGCCGUCAUUGAAAAUAAGAAUAUGUUCUUAACUGACUUGCCUGGUUAAAUAAAGGUAAAAUUUAAAAAAAUAAACAAAUCUCAGAAUCUCUGUAUGUGGAGAUCUACGAUUGGCAUCCAGUGAUUAGUAGGUGAGAUUGGCCUGUCAAUCAAUCGCCGUAGCUCCAGUGACAGAUGAAGCUCCGUAACGGCACUCUUAAUUUGUGUUAAAACCUCUAUUAACCCUUCCGCUACCCUGAGGGCUGCCUGUGUGUUAACCCAUCCUGUUAACCCCUUUGCAAGACCUCACAGCUUGGCCUGGGCUUUUCUCAUCUGGUCCCUGAGCUCCAGAUGGGCGAUGGACGACAUGUGCACCUCGUCUGGCCCGUCUGCUAUGCGCAGAGUCCUGGCGUAUGCAUACCUGUGGAGGGACAAAAUGGGUUGUAUUUAUUAGGCACCAAACGGAAGAAAAGGGACUGAAGCAAGGAGGUACUCCCGGAACACGUCCGGUUAAGAAGCGCUUGUUUUCGUUUCAAAACGUUUUGGUACAUUUUACUGGAGUGUGCACUGAUGAAUGAACCCUUGUCAUACUUCAUCUAAACAACAACAAUUAUUAUUUAGAACAUACUGUAGCUGAUUGUGGUGAUCCAGCAGCAUCCGAACAUGCAAUAGAAACGUGUAUUGCUUAAGACCUCACAGAGACAGUUAAAUACCCUGUAGCCUUGAGGUGAGAGAGAAAGAACUUGACCACAUUGUGUGGCCAUUGAUACACCUUGUAAAAAAAGAUCCCACACAAUGUUAGCAGGGGGACAAUGUCAACUUCUGUGCAAUGUGUACAGUACAUCGGCUCCAGACUGGAAGAUUAGGCUAAUACUGUGUUAGGAUGGAAAGGAGUAAUUAGCCUAUUAUCAGAUGAAAGUGUACCGUAGAGAGCUUUUUUAUGUCUCUAUUUCGGUUUGGUCAGGGUGUGAUUUGGGAUGGGCAUUCUAUGUUUUUGUAUUUCUUUGUUUUUGGCCGGGUGUGGUUCUCAAUCAGGGACAGUUGUCUAUCGUUGUCUCUGAUUGGGAACUAUACUUAGGUAGCUUUUCCCCCCCCAUGGGUUUCGUGGGUAGUUAUUUUCUGUUUAGUGUUUGCACCGUACGGGACCGUUUCGGUUUAAUGUAUUCUCUGGUUAUUUUAUAUUAGUGUUCAGUUCAAUAAACAAACAUUAACACUU